GGUACCUGGACCAUGGUACAUGAAACCGCCUGGCGCAUCCGUUGGGGAUCUGGAGGAUGAAAUCGCCCCCUCGUUGGAAGACAGGACAAGGCCAGCCAACCCUAGAAGCACGGCAGUGGUUUCAGCGCGUUCUUGAUUCCAGUGAGUUGACUGGCGGCUAGGACGGCCGCGUGGGUGCAGUGUAGGCGACCGGGCGCGAGGUAGCGGCGAUUCACCGGCGGCGGCUAUGGACUUCGCCUGGAAACAAUGAGCAGACUGUGAUUGCAGUGUGGCAAUCUAUAAUGGCGCAACUACGGGAUGCGCAAAUGGUGGCGCUGUGGUGGAAGAGGGUGCGUGCAGCCAUGUCCGGUCGGCAUAGCCGGAUCCAUCCUGGUGGCCAUCGUGCAAGCAGCAGCAGGUGCCGGCGACGGAGAAGGUGACGGGCAGGCCGAUUCAGCGGAGUGCAGCGUGAAUAUGGAUGAAAAAAAGAUGGACUGGACCAAAAGAUAUGGGAAGAGCCGUCUGAAUGCAGAGAAGACAAAGUGCAUGCAGGAAAUCGUGUGCGGAUGCUCGGGCAAACCAGAGGAUGAAAAUACGAAGUUCUGCCGGUGCGAGUGCCCCCCGAAGCUCGGGCUUCGAAGGACAUCUGACAGUCGGUGGUACAUUAUAGAGCACAGGUUGAAGCAUAACCACACAAUAAUGGACAAUUGUGGCAAAAAGGUAUUCUGUAAUGGACAUAGACCUGUACACCAAGGACCUUGUCCGUCAGCUACGGGACAACAACAUAAACAUUGGGAAAGUGUGCAGAAUAAUCGUCGCCGCCUUCGGAAAUGCAAGAAAUGUGCUGUUCACAAAAUGGUCACUUCUGAACAUGUGUGGUUAGCUAAGAUGCAGGCGGAUGGUGAGAGGCUCAGAGCAAUGAAGAAUCUAAUGUGGUCCAUUGUUGCACCCAAGACAAUUUUAACAUAUCAGUGCCGGCCAGUGGAAUUGGCAAUAGGGAAUGUGAUGCCUGCCACAACACAUCGGUGUUUCAAGUGGUGAUGGAGUAUGUUGGAGUCACAGAGACCCAAAGAAGCACAUAUUAAAGCGAUGGACGAGGUAUGUUAGGUAUGUUCUGCCUGAUCACUUGAGGCAUGACUAGCGAGACCAAGUGAAUGGCAAAGAGGUAACAUAUAGUACAUUGUAGCCUAUACAUACUUGCAAUGGAACUUGUGAGGCUCAGGGAUUCCAGCGCACAAACGAGAAAUGUGUGUCACUAUUUAAGGAAAAUCUUGUGGCAUUGGCGCCUUACGAAAAUGCUAGAGAUGGACUGGAAGAUAGAAUUGCUGGUGCUGUGAGGAAGCGAGCAGAAGUUCUUGACGAAUGAUAUGUAGAUUGCAGUGGCAAAAGUGGCAACCCGUUGCAAGAGCACAUGUAUGAAACAUGGGGCUACCUGACAUCGAAUGAUUGCUUCUCAUUAGCUUGCUUAUUAGCCUACUGUUAGUGACAGAAAAAACUUAAUUCUGACAAUUUGUAAGGGCUGAGUGUGUUUUAUGCAGAAAUCGGUAAUGCAGUUUUCGAUUUGCUUAGGACGCAACCUGUU